UUCACUUUCAAUUCAUUCCUCAAUCAGACAAAUAUCCCAUUGUCUUUUGUGCAGCGCUCAUCAGUGAGCAGAGCAUUCUCAUUCACUCGCACACAGGAGAAAAAUGUCGGCAAGCCUCAGGUGUACUUCCCUCUUGCUCCUCCUUUCCUUGCAUCUUUUCAUCACUUUCUCUGACAUGGCUGAGGGUGCUAAGUUUCGUGCUUCAGAUUGCAAACCAAAAUGUACAUAUCGUUGCUCAGCAACAUCACACAAGAAGCCUUGCAUGUUCUUCUGCUUGAAGUGCUGCGCCAAAUGCCUUUGUGUUCCUCCUGGAACUUAUGGUAAUAAGCAAGUCUGCCCUUGCUACAAUAAUUGGAAGACCAAGGAAGGAGGUCCCAAGUGCCCUUGAGCACUAUGCUUUCACAAUAUCUUAUCAAUAAAAUACAUAUAGCCUCUACCUUUGUUGUUUAUUUUUAUUUUUAUUUUUAUUUUUAAAACCCAAUUCAUAUAAUUACAUUUGCUUUCUUUCUAAGAUAAAAGUUUAAUUACCAUUAGUAUUCUCGCA